UAACACCAUUUCUUUCUCAUUCUCUUUCUCUCUUUCGCUGCUUCACUUCUUCACUGAGCUUCCAUUUCAAAGUGUCGAUCUCAAAGUUGUGGUGAUUUCUACCUGUUAGUCUAAACUAGAGGUUUCCGAAUCACGAAUUUAUGAUAUAGCUCCUUCACUUGUCAAGCAUUAUAAAGUGAGAAUUGGAAAGAUGGAUGUAGUUAUAUUUUGAAGUUAUUCAGUGUAUGCAACAAAGGUUCUCUCAAUAUGGAAGUUGACAAUUCUAACGUUUCGAAAGCUGAAGAAUUCAAGCGCUCUGCGAAUGAAGCAUUCAAUGCUCACAGAUUUACUCAAGCUAUUGAACUAUAUACGCAAGCAAUUGAACUAAACGAUAAAAAUGCGGUUUACUAUGCUAAUCGUGCCUUUGCGCAUCUUCGGCUUGAGGAAUACGGUAGUGCCAUACAAGAUGCUACAAGGGCAAUUGAAGUUGAUCCUAAAUACUCAAAGGGGUAUUAUAGGCGAGGUGCAGCUCAUCUUGCUAUGGGAAAAUUCAAGGAGGCUCUAAAAGAUUUUCAGCAGGUCAAGAAAAUGUGCCCAAAUGACACUGAUGCAUCAAAGAAAUUGAAGGAGUGUGAAAAAGCCGUUAUGAAACUUAAAUUUGAAGAAGCAAUUGCUGUGCCAGAGCAUCAAAGACGUCCAAUAGCCGACUCCAUAGAUUUCCAUUCUAUAGAUGUGGAGCCACAAUAUUCAGGAGCAAGAAUAGAGGGGGAUGUUGUUACUUUGGAUUUUGUGAAGAAAAUGAUGGAUGAUUUCAAGAAUCAAAAGUGCUUACACAAAUGUUAUGCAUUCCAGAUUGUAUUGCAAACCAGAGAAAUGUUGAAAGCUUUGCCUUCUCUUGUGGAUAUAAAUGUUCCCGAUGGCAAACAUUUUACUGUUUGUGGUGAUGUGCAUGGCCAGUACUAUGAUCUCUUGAAUAUUUUUGAGCUCAACGGGCUUCCCUCUGAAGAGAAUCCAUACCUAUUUAACGGUGACUUUGUUGAUAGAGGAUCAUUUUCUGUGGAGGUCAUCCUCACUUUGUUUGCAUUUAAGUGCAUGUGUCCUUCAGGCAUGUAUCUAGCUAGAGGAAAUCAUGAGAGUAAGAACAUGAACAAGAUAUAUGGUUUUGAGGGCGAGGUGCGCUCAAAGUUGAAUGAAACAUUCGUGGAACUGUUUUCAGAAGUAUUUUGCUGUUUACCCUUGGCUCAUUUGAUAAAUGAGAAAAUUUUCAUAGUUCAUGGAGGUCUAUUUAGUGUGGAUGGGGUCAAACUGUCUGAUAUCCGAGCAAUUGACCGAUUCUGUGAGCCUCCAGAAGAAGGACUGAUGUGUGAAUUGCUUUGGAGUGAUCCGCAACCACUCCCUGGAAGAGGUCCAAGCAAGAGGGGCGUAGGUCUCUCUUUCGGUGCGGAUGUCACGAAAAGGUUUUUGCAAGAUAAUAACUUAGAUUUAGUUGUACGAUCUCAUGAAGUAAAGGAUGAGGGCUACGAGAUUGAUCAUGAUGGUAAACUCAUAACUGUUUUCUCUGCUCCAAAUUACUGUGACCAGAUGGGGAACAAAGGUGCCUUUAUUAAGUUUGAAGCACCUGCUUUGAAGCCUAACAUUGUUACAUUCUCAGCAGUGCCACACCCUGAUGUGAAGCCAAUGGCUUAUGCAAACAACUUUCUCAGGUUAUUUUCAUAGUUUUAGGUAGCUAACUGGAACUACUGGUGCUUUAUGCUUUGUGGUCUCUCUACUAUGCCUCCAAAGAUAGAAUAUACAUAGGUUUCUCUCUCUCUCUCUUGUUUUUUUUUUAUUUAUUUUUUUAGUACAUUGUUAGAAUUCUUUUUUGUGCUUGUAAUACACUUGGUUGUUAAGUGUAGUUGUGUAACGAAAUAUUUAGUUAUAACUUGUUUAGGAAAGUUAAAUUAUGGUCA